UAGGACCAUCGAUACCGUUGGAAAGGAGCAGACGAGAGAAGCCGUGGCAGGGUUGGCAGAAGAUACGGGCGUGAAGCCUGGAAAUAGCACGUCUCUGGUAUGGUAGGCCAUCUCCACCGCGAGCCGUUCUCACUCCUUUCUGUUUGAUAUAUAUGCAGUAUCACUGUACUACUACUGACUCAAGUUCUACUCACUCUACAUUCUUAUCACCAGCGCUAGCAAAGAUGCUGCCACCACCAUCAUCGACGUACGAGAAGAUGGAGGACGACGAGGAGUUCCGCAAGCCAUCGCUGUACUCGAUGGCCACGUCCGAGUUCAGUAAUCAAAGCAGCUUGACAGAUGUCUCUCUUCUUCAGAACAAGGCCACCAUCAGCGAGGAAGACCUCAAGCUUCAGUAUGCCGAUCGCAUUGCGAAGAAGGAAUUCCUCGAAUCCUACAUGGCGAAAUAUCCCAUGCCAGAGUUGACCGGCCAUCUUCCUUGGAAAAAGUUCCGUCAUGGAUGGUUCACAGCAUAUCGACGACUAUUCACCUUUGUCUUCGUUGUCAAUCUGGUUGCCAUUCUCCUGCUGGCCGUUUUGCGACCACACACUACCUUCGACACCGCUUCGAUUGGCGUUGCAAGCAACAUUCUUGCUAGUGUGCUUGUUCGUCAUGAUAACCUAGCCAACGGGUGGAUCAAAUUGACGCACACUUUCGGGAAGUGGCCACUCUUCCUGCGCAGAAGAGCUGUGAGGAUCUAUAGCCACGGAGGCAUCCACAGCGGCUGUGGCGCGAGUGCGACGAUGUGGUUCAUUUACUUCUCUGUCCUCGUAGUCAUACAACCUCUCAAGGACGACCAGAACUUGCUUCGAGUGGCGCUCUUCAUAACCACGGGCGUCAUCCUCGCAUGUCUACUCGCCAUCGUUGGCAUGUCGCAUCCAACCUUCCGAAUCAAACACCACAACGUCUGGGAGAUGUCGCACCGAUACAUCGGCUGGUUUGUGACGGCGAUGAUAUGGGUUCUGGUUGUCAUUACCUGCGCAGCAUCUAGUAAGCCACUGAGUACCGCACUGCUCGAGUCACCGCCGUUCUGGUGUACUUUGAUCGUCACCAUCCUCCUCAUCUACCCUUGGGCUAUUAUGCGCAAGCGCUCGUUUACGGCAACCCAACUCUCGGAUCACGCUCUCAAAUGCGACUUCGACUACCGCCUCCCAUCAGUCGGUCACUCAAUCCGUAUCGCCUCCUCGCCAAUGGGCGACUACCACACUUUCGCCACUAUUCCUCGCGCCGAUGGCAAACAAGGCUUCUCUGUCGUCAUUUCCAACGCUGGUGACUGGACCAAGAAAAUGAUCGAGCCGGGCUCACGACAGGAUAAGCUGUGGACACGAGGCCGAGUCUUCCUCGGCGUCAUGGAAGUCCCCAUGCUUUUCAAGCCUCUUGUCAUCGCCGCGACGGGCUCAGGCAUCUCACCUUGCAUGGCCUUUAUGAAUACGCAUCCCAACUGGCCGAUCCGCCUCGUAUGGAGUACGAGAAAUCCGACCGUAACGUAUGGCAAAGAUGUUAUGGAUUUGGUGCUACGGGCAGAUCCGAAUGCCAUUAUCAUCGAUACAAAAUUGACGGGAAGACCGAACAUGAAUGCCUUGGUUUAUGCGGCAGCGAAGGAAAUUCAAGCGGAAGCUGUGCUACUCGUCUCUACACAACCCGUCACGAAGUCCCUCACAUUCGAGAUGGAAGCACGAGGUGUCUACGUAAUCUCACCAAUCUUCGACGCUUGAACGACGACUUCUCGGUAAUACGUAUAUGCAAUGUUAGCGCUGGCGUGAGGGAGGAUUUUAUUCUGGGAAUGAUAUACACAUAGAAUGAAGCGUAUUAUCGAAGGACCUGGCGUUGGGGGAAUGAAUUUAUUGAUGAUAUUGGCGUAUCUCUGGACGCUUCCUUCGGUAUACCAGUAAUGGAAUUGCACAACAC